AUGGCUCUGAGAAUUUACGACCCACUUAAUCCGGUGCCUGUUUACCAAGAACAAAAUGCUUUUGAGAGUUACUUAAAUGUUGAAAACGAAUCCAUGGCGGCUGAGGGUUAUGCUACGAGUAAAGAAGCGACUCUCAGAAAGAUAGCUGUUAGAGUGAUCUUGGAAAACUCUCGAUGGGACAAUUAUGAUGCGUUCGUACCAUAUCUUGCUUUGAUUUACUUUGAUUGCUUCAUUUCACACAACCCACUUCCGAAUUUGCUAAGAGAUUUGCGAGAAGAGAUGGUUCUUAUUGCCAACAGUUGCUUAAAGAUUGCUUAUGAAAUGAGAGAUAGAACAUUCAGACCCCUCGAUUUUCUGAAAAGAACACGUAUGAUUGAGCAUGAGAUUGUUAUACUCCGAAUGGAACUUGCGAUACUCAGUGGAAUUGAUUGGAAAACGCGCGCUGUAACAGCUAUCUGCUUUGUUAAUAUGUUUGUUCGAAUGAUUCCGGAGGCACGUCGUAUCAAACAGCGAACCCUGAAUGAGAUCGUAAUCCAAGCACAAGGGGACAUUGAAUUUACAAAGUUCAGGCCUUCAGUAAUUGCAGCAGCUGCUAUUCUUUCAGCUUGCAAACUUAAGUAUAAGGAGAACGACAUGUACUAUAAUUGCUAUAAGUUUCUUUUGGGUUUAAAAUUUGUCCAUGAGGAGGAAUUGAAUGCUUGCACGAAAAAGACUACUGAAAUGUGCAUAUAUAAGCGAAUUGUUAUUGAAGAAGAUGAACCUGGAAGUUCAUCUGAAGCUGGAGGGUCAUCAAGCUCUAGAACUGGCAAAGAGCCACUGCAGGGAAUAUCAGGGACAAAGGAUGCUAAAGUUCAAAAGAAGCCUGGAAAAAAGCCACGGCAAGGAACAGCAAUUCGACACAGACGAGGCAGGAGGCAACUCCCAACGAUAGAGGAGACUGAAGAUGAAACAGAAAUUGGAGACGAAGAGUCAGUCUCAGAUAUCCCAGAGAUUUUGCCGGUUCGAAGAAUCGAAGAGAUAGAUCCGAUGAACUUUGAACUUAAGUGGAUACUGUGGGAUGCUGAUGCUGGAGAGACGACAAUUGAUUCCUCUCUUUUCCGACCUGGGGCCGAGAUAACUCCAGGUGAAAAUGAUAAUCCUUUCACCGCUAGUGCCACAAACGUUUCAGCUCAUUGCUGCCGCACUAUGUAG